AUGAAUUCCGUGGCUGGGAAUAAGGAGAGGAUCGCGGUCAGCACCCGAAACAGGAAAUAUGGGGUAAGUUGCCCUUAAGUAAAGGGGGAGGAGGGAUGCUUGCAAAAAUAAUAAUAAUAAAAAUCGACAGCGCUGGGCUUUCACACAAAAGGGCUGCGAGCGGACACGGAUCCCGCCCCCUCCGAUCAAGCCGGUCGCCUUCUGAAGCAGCGGCACGGUGCCCCAAGCCAAAGGGGCAGCCGGGGGUGCCUUAACCAGUUCCGCCCCUGGGACGCGAAAGAGAGACGGGGCGCCUCUCUCGCUUCCUCCGCGGCUGCAGACGCCGAGCGCUUGGGCAGCAGCAGCAGCAGCAGCCCAUGGACUCUGCACUCCUUUAACUUUUGCAGCCUGGGGUUCCGCCUAGACAGGCGACUCUGCGGGGCGAAACGUGCUUCGUGGAUCUCUCCUCUCCUCCGCUGUAUAUAGAAUACAGUAAUCUGACUUCCGAGGGGCUUUUGCACACGUACGAGAGGGGCACGCGGGGUGGAUCGCCAGGGAGGGAGAGAGAGGAGAGCGCUCCUUGGAGGGGGCUUGGAUUGGAAAAACGUGCGCGCACACACCCACCACUUCUGCAGGGAAAAUCGAUCUCAGGUGGUGACUUUAUUAAAAAAAACCCCACCUUCUUGGAGAUCAGAGGGGGCGGGUGUGCCUGGAGGUCAAAGGUGCCAACUUGAAUAAAAUAUGGGGGGGGGGGGAGGUGAGCCCCGCCCUGCAUAAUUGAUCACACGAUGUGGGGCAUGCAUAUCGUUUGAAUGGAAAUGCACAUCAACUUGGGGGCUCAGAUAUUUUAUGGAGGGGGAGGGCGAAGGGACCUCGGCCCCUAGGAGUUGGCUCCUAUGCGCGGAGGGGUGUUUUAGAUGACUUGGGGUGAUCGUUAAUAUCUAACAUCUCCACGAGCCGCUUGGUUCCUAUCAACGCAACUUCGCUGCCCUCCUUCCACGCCCCCCGCUGAUCUGCUUCCCUUCUCCACUCAGGUGAACGACCCCUGCUCCCCGACCAAACCCGCGGCUCCCUUCUCGCCCGAAAGCUGGUACCGGAAAGCUUACGAGGAAUCCCGGGCCGGCAGCCGCCCAGCCCCGGAAGGAGCCGGCUCCAUCCUGGGCUCGUCCGGCACCCCUUCCCCGGGAUCGGGCACGUCGUCGCCGGGCUCCUUCACCGGGUCGCCGGGCCCCGCUUCCCCGGGGAUCGGCAACAGCUCUCCCGGGUCACUGGGGGGCUCGCCGGGCUUCGGCACGGGGUCUCCGGGCUCCGGCAGCGGAGGGGGCUCCUCCCCGGGCUCCGACCGCGGCGUCUGGUGCGAGAAUUGCAACGCCCGCUUGGUGGAGCUGAAGAGGCAAGCGCUCAAGCUGCUCCUGCCGGGGCCCUUCGGCAGCAAGGUGAGCCAUUGAGCGAGUCGGUGGCCCGACGGCCAGCAGGGCUUGAGUCUCCCACCCACACACGCGCGAACACGAGUGGAGAAAGCGUGAAUUAACAAAGGAAGGCAGGAAGGAAGGAAUCUCAGAGCAAGGAGACAGGACAUUCGGGGAAAGGAAAGUGAGGGAGCAAGGAAAAGGGGGGGGGUGUCUUGAAAUCAGGGGAUCAAACUCCACCCCCAUCAUUUGGGAGAAAGAGGUGAUCUCCUUUAACCUGUGGCUGGGUAGUGAGACCCCCUUCCCGCAUCCAGCGCAGCUCUGUAGCUGAGCCCCCCCCCCUCCCCAUCUCCAGACAAAAGACGUUUUUGACACGCUCAGCACAAAGUGA